AGCUGUUUAGCCCAACACGCGUGACACGUGUAGUUUCGUGGGUGAAAUUUAAACCACUGCGACUGAGAGGGUUUAUAGCCCCCACUUCUAGGGUUUUAGACGAAGUAUUCCAACGUUAUUCUCAAGUCUCUGGAACCAUCUUUGCCUGAAGAAAUGGGAUUUUGGGGAAUUGAAGUUAAACCGGGAAAGCCAUACCCUUAUCACUCGGAUAAUGUACCAGGUCGGCUUCAUGUAACCCAGGCUACUCUUGGUUUGGGCUCCACUGCCGAGAGGAGUAUAGUUCAGUGUGCAAUUGGACAUAGAAGUCCUAUCUUUCUUUGCUCUUUAUUACCGAAUAAAAAUGAAUCAUGUUCAUUGAAUCUUGAAUUUGAGGAAGAAGAAUUAGUUGCUUUCUCCGUCAUUGGUCCACGGAGUGUACAUCUCUCUGGCUACUUUGAGGCUGACAAGGGUGACACCAUCAGAGAUGAUUAUGAGUCCGAUUCUUUUGGAGAGGAUAUCGCUGAUUCAGAGACUGAGUCAUCUGAUUUUGACAAUAGUGAUGAUGGUGAUGAAUUCAUUGAUGAUGAUCUUGACAUGUUUCCUGAUUCACCUGUUCCAAACAGUGGAGUUGUAAUUGAGGAGAUUGAGGAUGAUGAGAAACCUACAAGUAAAACUGGGCAAUCUAAACCACAAAAAAAGAACCAAUCAAAAGGCUCUGAGGACAGCAAAAACUCUCAACACCAAGCCAUUGUUAAAAAGGAUAGUGUUCCAGUUCUUGAAAGUGAAGAUGAAGAUGGCUUUCCAGUUUCCAACAAACAUGAAAGCAAUUCAAAUGUUCAAAAGCCUGAACUAGAGGUACAGCAAUCAAAUGAAAAGGUUGAGAAAACCAACAAGAAAAAGCAAGAUGGAGAUGGUGCUACUAACUUGAAGAGAAAGGUCGAAAAUAUUGACCAGGAGACCCGAGCAGAGAAGAAAAAGAAGAAUAAGAAGAAUAAGCAGUUAAAAGAAAAAAUUGGGGAGGAGAAUUCUGAUGAAAAGGAGCACGUGGAGUUGAAGAGUUCCAAUGUGAGUCAGGUUUUAACAAAAAUGGAUGAUCAGGAAAAGCUGGCUAAGGAAAAGAGCCUUGAAAAUGAAGAGUCAAAAAAGAAGAGAAAGAAGAACAAAAAGAAAAGCCAGGACAAUGAAGGUGAAACUAAUGUGGAUCAAACUGUUUCUGCUAAGGAAGGUCAAAAAGUAUCAACAUUGGAGUCAGAUAAGCAAACUAAAGCAAAGUCGUCUAAAGUGAGAACAUUUGCCAAUGGUUUGGUUGUUGAAGAACUGUCAAUGGGCAAACCAGAUGGUAAAAAAGCUGCUCCAGGAAAACAAGUCAGUGUCCACUACAUUGGUAAGCUAAAGAAGAAUGGCAAACAAUUCGACGCAAAUGUGGGAAGAGCACCAUUUAAGUUCCGCCUAGGUUUAGGACAAGUUAUUAAAGGGUGGGAUGUUGGACUUGAGGGCAUGCGUGUUGGGGACAAGAGAAGACUUACUAUUCCACCUGAGAUGGGUUAUGGACGUAAGGGAGCAGGUAGUGCAAUUCCUCCAAAUUCGUGGCUUGUGUUUGAUGUUGAGUUAAAUGAUGUUCGUUAAAUCUAUCAGAGAAAUUUUUGGUGAGAGGAGACCAUUUCUUAACAGGCUACCAGGCUUGUAACAAUUUUGCUUUGUUGUGAAAAUAUAUUCAAAACUUGGAUUAUUGAAAUUCUAAAAUUAUAUUUGUGGGAGUGAGUUCAAUUUAAGAGCAGUUGUGACUUUAGAUGAGGGAAAUUGCACUCAAUUUUUGUUUGCAUAAAGAACAUACAUUGACUUUUGUUGAGAGAAAUUAUUUGCUUACAUAAUGGAACAAGCCUUGAUUAUUUUGUCGAAAUAUAAGGAAUUGCAACUUCAAAA